AUGAAAAUUAAAUUAAAAAUGGUUCGUCCUAGUCAUGAUCAAGAUAACAAUGAAGAUAAACCCAAUUCAACUUCAAAUUCAACAACAACAACAACGACUGUCGAUAAUAAAAAAACAUCUUUUCACACAGGAAUAAGUAAUGGAUUAAUAGAUACAGUUGGUGAAACUCCACUAAUUAAAAUUGAAAGUUUAUCAAAAGCAACAGGAUGUACUAUACUUGGUAAAGCGGAAUAUAUGAAUCCUGGUGGUAGUCCAAAGGAUAGAGUAGCGAAAAGUAUAAUUUUAGAUGGUGAGAAACAAGGCAAGCUAAUUGCUGGUAAGACAACGAUUGUAGAAGCAACCGCAGGAAGUACAGGUAUUUCAUUGGCAAUGUUUGGUAAAUCAAGAGGUUACAAUGUUGAACUUUACAUACCAGACAAUGUAUCAAAAGAAAAAGUUGAUCUAUUAGAAAUGUUGGGUGCAAAGAUAAAUAUUGUACCAAUUGUAGGAAUGAAUAAUGCAUCACAUUUUAUGCAUUGUGCAUAUCAACGAUGUCUUGUAGAUAAAUCAACAUUCUAUGCCAAUCAAUUCGAUAAUAUCUCCAAUUUCAAUGCACAUUUCUAUGGAACUGCCAAAGAGAUAUGGCAACAAACCAAUGGAAAGAUAGAUGGAUUCGUUUGUGCAGCUGGAACAGGUGGAACUUUAGGUGGAAUUUCAAAUUAUUUAAAAUCAAGAUCAUCAAAUAUUGAAACAUGGUUAAUCGAUCCACCAGGUUCAGGAUUAUAUAGUUUGGUUAAUACAGGUGUUAUUUUCGAUGUUCGUGAUCGUUUGGUGGUAGACAAGUUUGGACCACGUUCAUUCUAUGAGGGUGUCGGUGUCAAUCGAAAGACAGAGAACUUUGCCAAGGCAGUGUUGAACGGUGCAUUCCAGGGAACUGAGCAAGAGGGUGUCGAUAUGGCUCACUAUCUACUGAGGAACGAUGGAUUGUUUUUAGGUGGUUCCUCUGCUCUCAAUUGUGCAGGCGCUGUCAAACUGGCGAGAAAGCUCGGACCUGGUAAGACGAUUGUUACCGUUCUCUGUGACCAAGGUCAUCGUUACACCAGUAGAUUGUACAACAAAGAUUGGUUGGCAGAAAACGACUUGACACCAACAAUAUUAGAUUAUAACUCAUUGGAUUUCAUUAAAUAA